AUGGUGGGGAGGAAAGAGCGUGAGAAAAAGAAAGCAAAGAAUGAAGACAGUUCCUUGAAAGAGGAAACCUCUUCGAAAGAUAAACUGCUUGCCAGAGGAGGGGAGGGUCUAAGUCUGAGUAGGGAAAAUAAGAAGAAGAGCAAAAGGCAUGAGGCUAGCGGUGAGGAUGUUGCAGCAAGUUCUAGUCCAAUUGAGUGUAAUGUAGAUGUAAAUAAAGCAGCAGGCAAGAAUGAGAAGCAGAAGAGAAAGAAGAGCGAGAGGCUUGAGGCUACCGGUGAGGAUGUUGCAGUAAUUUCUAGUCUAAGUGAGGGUAAUGUAGAUGUGAAUAAUGCAGCUGGCAAGAAUGAUAAGAAGAAGGGCGAGAGGCAUGAGGCUAGUGGUGAGGAUAUUGCAACAAGUUCUAGUCUAAGUGAGGGUAAUGUAGAUGUGAAUAAUGCAGCAGACAAGAAUGAGAGGAAGAAGAAGAAGAAGAAAAAGAAGAGUGAGGGGCAUGAGGCUAGUAAUGAGGAUGUUGUAGUAAGUUCUUGUCUUAGUGAGGGUAAUGCAGAUGUGAAUAAUGCAGCAGAUAAGAGUGAGAAGAAGGAGAAGAAGAGAAAGUUGGAGCAUGUUAAUGAUGAGAAAAAAUCUCAAGUGGCUGGGAAGAAAAAUAAGGUGAGUGAAGUUAGAGAGGUUUUGGAGGAGACCCACAUGAGAAUAGAGGAUAAUAUGGGCUUUCAAAAGAAUGUUCAAGUGGAAUUUGUCAGCAAUUCUGAGUCAGAAGUGAGAAGAGAUAGGAAAAAGAAUCAAAAGAAGAAAAACAGAGAAGAUAAAAAAAACACUAGUUCCUCUGUGGCUAACAUCCUUGACGAUAACAGAAGGGAAGAGGUGUUUGAGAUACAGAAAGGCCUUCAGAGUGAAGAUAUUGCUAACAUGAAUAAUGGGGAAAGACAGGAUCGCAAGAAGGAAAAGAAGAAGAAACAGAGGCAGUAUGAUGGUGGUGGUGGUGAUACUGAGGUAAUUAAAAGUACAGCUGAUGUGAAAGAUGUUGGAAAAGAGGAGUCGACUGAAAUUGUGCAGGACAAGGUAGAGUCUUCAAAGAAGAAGAAGAAGAAGAAGAAAAGGAAGGAAAAGCACAACAUUGUUCUAGAGGGUGCAUCAAUGCAAAUCAUGGCUGGGACAACGGAUAAUAAAAGCAGUGUAACAGAAAGUGAUGUGGGUAACACAAGUUCGAUUAAAAAUAAGGCAAGAGAUGGAACACUAAAGAUUAAUGCUGAAGAAGGUGGAAACAGAAGGAAGAAGAAGGCCAAGUCUUUGGAAAAUGGUUCGAAGGAAAAAAGUAGCGAAAGAGUAACACCGAUGGAGAAAGAUGUCGAGACCACCAGUCCAUCAGAAAAAGCUUCAUCAAAGUUGACAUCUAAGAGAGUGAGUUUUUGUGAAGAUGUAGAGGUUUUCCCUUCAUCCGAUGGCCCUAGUGAUGAGAAGGCUGUUGGGGAAGACAGCUUAGUGCGAGGGAAGCGGUUCUCAUUUGAGGAGGAUGAGAUGGUUAAACAAGCUGUUUUAAACUAUAUUGAUGCUCAUGAUUUAGGUGCAGAAGGUCUAAACAUGGUGCUGAAUUGUAAAAAGCACCCUGCGAUUACACAUUGUUGGAAGGAGAUAGCUGCAAGCUUACCUUGGAGGCCUCGUGAAAGUGUAUAUUAUCGAGCCCAUAUACUGUUUGAAAGGGACCAGAAUUCUUCUUGGACCCCAGAAGAGUAUGAACUCAUCCGAAAGUUUCAUGAAAAACACGGAUCAGAUUGGAAGACGUUGGCAGAAGCCCUGGGAAAACAUAGGUUUCAUGUAAAGGAUACGUGGCGUAGAAUAAAACUGGUCAAUAUGAAGAAAGGGAAAUGGUCCCAAGACGAGUACCAGUGUUUAUUUGAUUUAGUGAAUUUGGAUCUACGCUUGAAAGCUUUUGAAGAAAGGAAAACAAAGCAUGGGAUGUUACGAGAUAAUAUUAGUUGGACAGCAAUUAGCGAGAAGUUGGGAACUAGGACUGAUGCUCUCUGCUGCCAAAAAUGGUAUGACCAAUUAACAUCACCUAUGGUAUCUGAAGGUAAAUGGCUUGAUACAGACGACUAUCGGCUGCUAAUGGAGCUCUAUGACUUGGAUGCUUGCUGCAUGGAAGAUGUUGAGUGGGACAAUCUUCUAGAGCACAGGUCUGGAGAUCUAUGUCGGAAGCGAUGGAACCAAAUGGUCAAACACCUUGGUGACCAUCGGAACAAAUCAUUUGCUGAUCAUGUUGACGUUCUCAUUGGCCGGUACUGUCCUGAUGUGCUUGAAGCAAGAGAGACCUACAAUAGCAAACCUGCAGUUCCUUGA